UUCAUUUUGGACACACGCGGCGCCGACAACUUUCAAGAGGCAUAUUCAAAUGUUGAAUAGUAUCGAACAAACCAUAAAUAAACAAAUCGAAUUGUACAAAAGAUUCUGAGGCGGGUUUUGAAAGUGAAACUGAAUGCGUUUAUUAUUCCACAACGCGGCCAAAUGUCGAGCAUUUCCCACUCCAUAUAUCAGCGAAAAAAACAAAUCAACAAGUUAUUUGAAUUUGGCUUACAGCACACAUUAGAAUUGAAGCGCAUUGAGAGAGAAAAAGAGUGCCAAGUCUUGUGUAGGACAGUGUACUUAAUUUAUGCUUAAGUGUGGGUCUACUUGAGAGCUGUUCAAGUGGACGCUUGUAAAAAAUGUAGAUUGGGCAGCUAUUCAAAAUUUGUUGUCCCAAACACUAUAUAAGCCUGGCUUAACACUGGCAGUUCACAUUUCAGGAAGAUGCCAAAAACGUUGUCGAUUCUGUAUCUUAUUAUCGUUCUAAGUACGAGAACGAUCCAAGCUCGCCAAGUGAACAAAUGUAGCCUGGCGCGGCAGCUUUAUCGCUAUGGUGUGCCCUACAACGAGCUGCCGGAUUGGCUCUGCCUGGUCGAGGGUGAGAGCUCGUUCAACACAAAGGCUAUUAAUCCAUCGAAUGUGGAUGGCUCCGUUGACUGGGGACUGUUUCAGAUUAACGAUCGCUACUGGUGCAAGCCAUCGGAUGGACGACCGUCCACAGAUCUGUGUCGCUUACCGUGUCGACUGUUGCUCAGCAAUGACAUAAGGUAUUCCAUUGCCUGCGCAAAAUAUAUCAGGCAGCAGCAAGGCUUUUCCGCCUGGGUGGCAUGGAAUAACCGCUGUCAAGGUGCGAAGCCAAAAGUAAACCGUUGUUUUAGACGAAAGCACAGGUAUUUUGGCUAAAACGAAACAGCAAUAAAAUGUGAUAUUAAAUUAACUGCUAAAUAAAAAUCGAUGCAUCAA